CCGCCUGCACGUAAACACGAUCGCGCGUGUGGUCAAGCGACAGAGGAACGAUCGACGUCGUACCGGUCGAGUCGUGCCACGCGUUACAGGUGAAACGGAUCGCGCAGGGCAGCGAGAUCUUGCGGAUCGAUCGGUGAAUCCGUGAAUCGUGUUUGACGCGUGGUCAAUGAAGGUAAACGUCUGGCUUCCAUUAUACUCUGCCUGUCUCGCGUGCCUGCGACCAGCCUGUUUUCCUCUCUCGGUGCGAACGCGAAUCGUGUGCCGGCUGACGAAGGUACCCUCGUCGGUGUGAGUUUGCGUGUGACUGUGUGCGUCCCUGUACGGCGUAGAGCGCGCGCGGUGCUCGUCCGUGUGCGCGCGACAACGACAUGACGAUGGAGCACGAGAACGACUCGAGAGUGACGUUAAGGAGAACGAAGAGCGUGACCAGGGCCGAGGAGAUCCAAAAAGCUGAACUGAUGGUGCGCAGAUCGCAGCCUGACAAACCAUGUCAUCGUCCUAGAGAUAGUCUGUUCUCCUGGAGCUCGGGCUUCGACAACUUCACGGGAUUCGUCAACUGGGGCUUCCUGCUGUUGGGCAUCGGUGGAAUCCGAUUGCUGCUCGAAAAUUUCAUAAAGUACGGGAUCAGAGUGGAUCCGUGGCAAUGGGUUCUCUUCUUCAGCGGCAAAUACGAAGGUGGCGAGGAGCAUCCGUCGAUUCUGCUCAUCAUCUACGCCACCGUGCCGGUAGGUCUCUGCCUGCUGAUCGAAAAGGGACUGUCGGUGGAUAUCAUAGCUCACGAGCCAGGAAUGGUGUUCCACGUCGUAAACCUCAUCGUGAUGGUACUGAUGCCGAUGGUGGUCAUCCACGUGAAGGAUUCCGGAUUCAGCCUGUUCGGUGCCAUGUACGUGUGCAUGCUGUACGCCAUCCUGUUCCUGAAGCUAUGGUCGUACGUGCAAGUGAACAUGUGGUGUCGGCUAAGCAGUCGAAGAAAGGCAGCAAGCAAGGGCAGGAUGCGACGGCAAUCUCUGUCGUACAAUAAUCUGCAGUCUUCCAGCAUGAAGCAGAACGGCGAGGAGGUCGACGACUCGAAGCACGAAGUAGACGGGGCUGGCACGGCCUUGGUGCAAUAUCCGGACAACUUGAAUCUCCGCGAUCUUUACUACUACAUCCUGGCGCCUACCCUCUGCUACGAGCUGAAUUUCCCCAGAACACAAAGGAUUCGGAAAAGAUUUCUGAUUAAACGAAUCCUGGAGGUGGUGGUCGGCUGCCAAGUGGUCAUGUCGCUGUUCCAGCAAUGGAUGAUCCCGUGUGUGAAGAACUCGCUGGUACCGUUCAGCAACAUGGACGUGGCGAAGGCCUCCGAGCGUUUGCUGAAACUGGCCAUACCGAAUCACCUGGUCUGGCUGUGCUUCUUCUACCUGAUGUUCCAUUCGUUCCUCAAUCUGAUGGGCGAGCUGCUGCACUUCGCCGAUCGAAAUUUCUACUGCGACUGGUGGAACGCGGAUAACAUCGACACCUUCUGGAGGACAUGGAACAUGCCGGUGCAUCGGUGGGCCGUGCGACACUUGUACAUACCCAUCAUAAAGAUGGGCUACGGGAAGUCGACCGCAUCCGUCACCGUGUUCUUCAUCAGCGCCUUCUUCCACGAGUACCUCGUCAGCGUGCCACUGAAGACGUUCAAAACGUGGGCGUUCCUGGGAAUGAUGGGACAGAUACCAUUAUCACUGAUAAGUAAGAAGGUGGAGAAGCAUUGGGGCGCCAGAUGGGGCAAUAUCACGGUGUGGGCGAGUCUUAUUAUCGGACAACCACUUUGCAUAAUGAUGUAUUAUCACGAUUACGUGAUAACUCACUUCGGCCAGAUACUCAUCGAAGAUUAUUCCGAGGUAUAGGGUGGCGAGGAGUCGAACGCGGGGCGACGAUGGCGAAGGUCGGGAAGAAGAAGAGUUUCUGUCUGCGAACGGGACAAACUCGUCACUGUUCCAUCAAUCCGAUCUCCUCCCGACCUUUCGCGCCUCGCAGACUCGCUCCUCGAUCCUCGUACGAGCUAUUUUUCGAAACGAUUUCUCGACGUUAACACGAGUCUUCCGGUUUCUUCCGUGCUCUCGAGCGUGGAAGAGAAACGGUGUGACGCUCCCUUAAAACGGAACUUUAAAUCACGAGCGAAUGCCUUAAGUAUUACGCGUCGUCGUUCGACUCUCGAUCGGUGUUACCCCCGCGGGAAUCUUACUCCUCGGAGAUCUUACGACGAGAUGAAACAGCGUACGAUAUAUCACUUGUUCUUCUUCCUUUUGUAUACGCGUGAUGGUGGUGGUGACGUUCGGCGAAUUGUUGCUGGGUCGUUCAGAUAUUUAUCUAUUCCAUCAUUUUUAUGCAUGUUUUAGUCGGUAAUGCUGUUAUUAUACACUUUGAUACUCAGCCUUUUAAAGGUUCCUGCAUAUCACGCGCGCCUCGACUUUGCCCCACGAAAACAGCAGCGUUUGGUUAGAUUCGAUCAAAUUCAGGAGCAGUUGAGAAUACUCUCGAGCUGAGUAGUUAGCUUUCCUAAGAAUCGACAAGAACAUUCUUCGAGAAGAUAGGAGAAGGAACGACGGGCAGCUGAUGACAAAUUUUAAUAGGGCACCGCAACUAGAAGACUGAUCACGUGAUACAGGAAAUUUUAGUUUCCCCAACAUUCGUGUAACCCUUGGAAAAAUGGUAUCAGUGCAUUGCUGGGAAUCUUCCGUUUAAAAUGAGCCGAAACACGGUACAAAUCGGACCGAUUUUUAAGUAUAACGAUUAACUCGAAGUAGAUAGCAAAAUAAUUCGCGACAACGUGAUAAAGUAGUCCGAUUCGUAUGGGGUUUGGACUGGCUUGAACCAGAAAAAUCCCAACACCGUACUGGUACCACGUUCGGAAAGGUAAAACGAAAAUUGGGGAGGUAAAAUUUUCCCAUUCUAUCAAUUGCUUUUCCUUGUCAGUUGCAUCAGAUGCCGCUAACGAUAAGCUCGAAACAACGAGGGUUGGACGAAAAGUAGAGAUGGUCCGUGUGAAUUUAACCGACUUAUCGAGAUACGUUGGAAACGUAAUGGGUCCUUGAGAUUUAAAAGACGAAUGAAUUUGAUCGCGCAUAGGCAGGUUGGCCAUUUUAAUCGAUUACCAGAAAAUAUCUCGCGUUGAUGUAUUUUAUUACUCGAAACGAUUUUGUAUUCAAUCGCGACCGUGCCUUCUAAAUCCUCGUGCAUCCGCGACUUUACGUGCUACGACGGUGAUAUCGUGCGUACGUUGAGAUAAUUUACCGUGCAUACGUUAUUUCUCUCUUUUCGCGCCUUUUUGUCACCGACGAUGCUUUAUUGCCAGGGUGUAGGUGGGAAAGCGCAUCGAGGGAAUAUUAGCCGUAAUAAAUUUAUCCCGGGCGCAGUCUGGAGUUGCGUAUUCGGUAAAUAUUUCAGGCCAACCGUUGCGUAUCACGGAGGAACAGAUGCCGAGGAUUUAACGAGGCAACUUGGUGCCAGUUGUAUACGAACAAACGAUUUUGUAGAUUCCGUUCAGUGCUCGCGCUCGCGUACUUGCCGAAUAAACGAGAUCUUUGUUACCAGCAUCGUUAAAUUUCGUACCACCCCCACGAGAGCGGAAAAAAAGAAUAUUGGGAAGAAAUUGAUUGCCAUUGGGUUAACAAAAAGGCUCCUCUUUGCGAAGCGGGUUUUAUAUCGAUGAAAUCCUUCACCAACGAUACAACG